AUGUGGUGGGGUUACAGUCCUGCAUUAGACAUACAACUUGAACUUAAUAAAAGCGAGUGUAAUUGUCUAGGUCUAGAUGAACGUCUCGAAGUAUUAAUUGUAGGUGCUGGUGAUGCGAGACACAUUGUGAAGACAUUGGCAUCAUCUUAUUUGCACCAUGAUCGCAUUAUUACGUAUAAUGUGAUUGAAUCAACGUUGGAACAAGUUGCAAGAUCCAUUCUUUUAUUGAGCACUUGUUUAGACAAAAACCUAGGGUUACAAGAAGCAACUCGAUACUACCUGGAAAUAUUUGGAAACACUCUUGUACGUCCAGCAACAGCCAAGUAUUUGAUAAAGCAUUCAAAUCACUUGGCAAAUAUACCAACCUGUACAGUUGAUUGUCCUUGGUUAAGUUUGGAAACAUUCAAGCACAAGGAUAAAGAUCGAUUAGAAGCAAUUUUCAAAUUUUGGGAGCGUGCAGCGUGUGAAAACAUUCCCAUUGUGGAACAUUGGAAUCAAAGAGUUAGAAAAUCACUGAAAACAAGAUACGAUUACCGUGAUGGUGUUUUUGACUGGGAUUAUCAUAUGAUUUUAAAGUCUCGGAAUAUCUUGAAUUUAACUUUGCAAGAAUACAGAUUUUGGAGAAGCAACGGUGUCGCGUUCACUUGGUUAGAAGGCGAACCUGUUAGAAGCAACCCAACAUUAUUAAGUAAUAUAAUACAAUAUGGUCCAGCAUCUGUACACUGUGGUUACUUAGGAGAUAUUACAAAUGGUCCCUUCUAUGCAUGGACCUUGGAGGAAGGGAAGCAUAAUGAGUAUAGAGCAACCGACGCAGCUGAACAAGAAGUUAUGCGGUCCAUCCACGAAAUCAAAACAAGAGAACCACUGUGUGAUGAUGUUAUUGGGUCACAUAGAGAUUCUUCUAUCCUAAAUGGCACUUUAGUAACUGAAAUGCCAAAUAAUCAAAUAGAACAAGAAAUUUGGAAAAGAGAAACAAAUAAAAGUAAAAACGACAGUGUGUCUUGGAUAAAUAUUGAAAAUCAUAAGGUCAUUUUUCAUCCUAUAAAAUCUAUACAGACACUAAAAUACAAAGUCGGUUACAUGAACAGAUUUGAUUAUAUCUGGAUAGCGCACAAUAUGACGGAACAUUUACCUAAUUUUAUACCACUAUUAAAGAAAGGAGCAAUUGUAUUAAUUGAGCUUAAGAAGAACCUAGUGGAAUUACGCGAGGAAGAUUUAUUCAAUUUUGUGAAGGAAUUGAAAAGUUGUGCACAGAAAAACGGCUUGCGUGAAAUCGGUGAUAUAAAUGUCAAAAAGCAUUGUAUUGCCAAAUUUUGUAAAACCUGA